GUGUGCUUUUCGAAUGAUAUGACACUUGCAUGAAAAUAGUUCGAUUUCAACCUUCUUUCUUUACCCAACUUGAGCAUGAGCUUUCGAAAAUAUGCGUUAAUUACUGGUUCGAAUAGCGGCCUAGGCUUUGGAAUUGCCGCUCGUUUACUAGAAUUUUAUAAGCCAAGGAUACAGGAUGAGCCAGAAACGUUUACAAUUGUUUUAACGUGCAGGAGUCGUGCUAAAGCUGAAGAUGCUUGCAAAAGAUUAAAGGAAUUGUUCCCUGAAAGAAAAAUCAGACUGGAAUAUGUCCUCUUAGACUUGUCAGAUAUGCAAUCAGUUGAAGCGGCUGCACAAGAAAUCAAAGCUCGGUAUCCUAAGCUAGACUACGUUUAUCUCAAUGCAGGCGCAUGGGAUUUACAGGGUAUUGACUGGAUCAAAGCUAUAUUUGCUACAAUAAUGAAUCCGGUAAAGGCGCUUACUUUUCCAACCUUUUAUAAGGAAGCCAUAGGACGUAUUAGCAAGGAUUCGAUGGGCCAUAUUUUUCAAAGUAACGUAUUUGGCCAUUAUUAUCUUAAAACGCGUCUUCUUGAACUAUCCGUUCUGGGUUCUUCUACUAAAGUGGUUUUAACGGGAAGCCUUGUAGCCAAAAAGGAAUCUCUUAGUUUCGAAGAUAUAGAAUGCCUUCAUGGCCAAAGACCGUACCAGUCGUCUAAACGUUUAUUAGAUAUUUUGCAUUUUGCUGAAAUCGAAAGCGGUCUCCCAUAUCAACAAUACCUUGUUCACCCAGGAUUGUGUACUACUAAUAUGUACGAAACGUUUUUAGGUUUUAUUGUAAUUUUUGCCAAACUCGGUUUCUGGCUUUGUCGUUUAUUGGGAAGUCCAUGGCAUACUGUCUCUCCUUACAUAGCAGCCUAUGCUUUUCUAUGGAUAGCAACUCACUCUCAUAUCGAGGACGAGAAUAUCAAAUGGGGAAGUGCGACUACAAUGUCUGGAAAGGAAAAAAUUCUUCCAACGUCUGUUGAAUUAAUACUUCCUUCAGAUAAAGAAAAAUCCAUGACUUACGUGCAAAAUUUAUACAAGGAAUGGAAACAUAAACUUAACGUGCCAUGAAUAUCUUAAAUUUAUAUGCUUCAUGCCAUCCAUUAAAUAAAGAAGAAGAGGCAGACUUUGGAUUCCAGCUAUAAUUUCCUUUAGAUUACAACUCAUUUACUUUUUUAGUAAUAAUUAUUCUAUUCUAACAGUUUUUAUACAAA